GUAGGCCUGGAGAUGGAGAGUGGGCUAGCAACUGGCAAGGCGAGAGGCGCGAGGAAACUUCGCUUUGAAACCAUUCCGUUCCGAGUCACGCUCCAUCGCGCACACACAGUCUGCAAAUAUGGCACUCCGAUUUGUGAUUUUGGCCUCUCUGGCCACCUGCAUUGCUGGGCAAGCCCCCCACGACGUUGGCCACUAUGUGCUUAACCACCCCUCUGGCAUGCAAGCGGUCGUGCACCACCACGUUGAACCGGUGCAGUACGUAUACCCUGUGAACACGCCUCAGCACAUGGCGGCCAUGUCGACCGCGUCGGCCAGCUGCACCCUUGCUCCCAGCUCCGCGGAGGGCUUGGUGCGUGGGCUGAUCACCCUGCACCAGCACCACCCCGGCGCCACCGUCCUCGUCUCCGGCACCGUCGAAGGCCUCAUCCCCGGACUGCACGGCUUCCACUUGCACAGGGACGGCAACACCAGCGACGGAUGCAAGGCCGCCGGACCUCACUUCAACCCAGCAGCCAAUGCCACCCACGGCUCCCCUUCCGACGAGGUCCGCCACGCCGGCGACUUCGGCAACAUUGAGGCCGACAUCAGCGGGCAGGCGGUCGUGAAUUUCGCCUCUCGGGGCAUUUCGCUCACCCCCGGCGCCGAAGAUUCCGUGGUGGGACGCGCCUUCGUCGUUCACGCCAAGGCCGACGACCUGGGCAAGGGCAGAGACGCCGAGAGCCUCAAGACGGGCAACGCCGGCGCCCGCGUCGCCUGCUGCAUCGUCACUCCUCAGCAAUAAAUCUCCUGAUUCGCUUAUUUAUUCAAUUUGUAUUUAUUGUAUGUAAAUAAAGAGAAUUUACAAUUGCA